AUAGAUGUCGUCAAGUAGACAGCAUGGCUGGAAAAUGACAAGUUAUACGUAUUAAAGAAAGUAUCGAGUACCCUAAAGUUUUGUUUUAAAAAUAAUUACCUAAUUCGACAUAGAUCAAAAUCUACAAAAACAUUUGUAAAAUGGAUAAUGAAUCUAUAUUGAAUUAUUUCAAUGAAAUUUUACAAACCGAUCCCAGUUCAUCAGCAGCAAUUGCAGCACUUAAAACAUUAAUGGAAUUUAUGGAGAGAGAUUCUUCUGAAACAUUAUUAGGAUUGAGAGAGAAUUUAUUGAAAGUAAUCGAGGUGCUUACCACUGCUGAUUCAUCAGUAACAACUGUCAGUUCUGGCUGUGAAUUAUUUCUUCGGUUUAUAACAUUAACUGCUAAAUUAGAUCAUGCAGAUUUUAGUGAGUGCAAAAAAGUUCUCUCUGAACGUGGAAGAUUAUUUUUAAAAAAGGUUACUACAUCUAGAGAUAAAAUAGCAAAAUUAGGAAAUCCGUUUAUUCUUGAUAAUUGUACUGUUCUUACCCAUUCUUGUUCUCGAGUUGUAUAUCAAACUCUAGUGGAAGCAUUUGAAGCUAAAAAACGAUUUCAUGUUUAUGUAACAGAAUCUUGUCCAAAUAGGAAUGGUUUACAGAUGUGUGAAUGGCUCAAAAACAAAGGUAUUCCUUACACUUUAAUUUUGGAUGCAGCUAUUGGCUACAUAAUGGAAAAGAUUGAUCUAGUAUUAGUUGGAGCUGAAGGUAUUGUAGAAAGUGGUGGAAUUAUUAAUAAGAUUGGUACUUAUCCUCUAGCGAUAUGUGCUCGUAAGAUGAAUAAACCAUUUUAUGUAUUAGCGGAAAGUAUCAAAUUUGUUCGACUUUAUCCAUUAAAUCAGAAGGAUGUACCUGAUCAAUUUAAGGACAUGAUCAUAAUAAUGAACUGCUGUAAUUCAAGCUUAAAGAUGGGCAAGGAAGAAACCUUUAUUCAAGUGUCAGUAUAUAAUUCAAUUCAUGUUAGACUCAUAAUUGAACCUGCAAGCCUGCAUCUGUAAACUGUAACUGUAAAUUAUUUACUGUUAACUUGAAUGAAGGUUUUUAGAAAUAAGCACAGAAUUGCUAUGGAGAACUUAUCAUAUAGGAUAACAUAGUUGAAUAGUGCUGAAUGACCAUAUAUUUUAUGAAAACAUUUGCCAUUGCAUUUUUACACAACAU